ACGGCGAAUAACAAAUGAAUACGCAAAUGUAUUAGCAAUAUGUUCGACGUGUCUCAAUCCAAAGACAAAGAAUCAUUCCUGUGCCGAACCUUGUUUGGAACAGUCAAUAUCCGAAUUUUAAUUUUCAAAUCAGUGAAUUACUAUUUCAAUCAAUUCAUUGGAUCAAACUAUACUGUCUUAAAAUAACAACAAGUAAGCAACGAUUUCAAAGGAUGAAGAUCAAUUUGUCGGAAAUCUUUUCGUGUGGACUUUGUUUUGAUUUUGAGAAUGCUCCACGAAAGGUUAGCACAUUUCGGCGAGUUUUACCGCAGUUUUUAUGCGGACUAGCCCAUUUUUUAAUCAACUGGAAUAUGGGUAUGGUGAUAGCGAUCUCAUCGAUAGUUCUUCCAUCGGUCAUUGGGUUGAGUAAAAGUCUAAAUCCAGAUGAAACACUGAACAUGACACCCGAUGAAGCCUCAUGGCUUGCGAGUAUUCUAUACAUCGUUCAGCCGAUUGGAAAUGUUCUCUCCGGCUUUAUAGCUGAAUCUUUGGGUAGAAAAGGCGCCAUACUGACCAUAAAUAUUAUACCAGCGAUUGCAUGGAUUUUGCUGCCGAACGUACAAUCGCAACACAUGGUUUAUGUUGGAUUUUCACUGAUCGGCAUUUGGAAUGGACUCAUUAGUGCAGCCCACAUAUACCCGAGUGAAAUAAGUGAGCCGUCAAUUCGUGGGGUAUUAAAUGCAUUCUCUGGCAUCGCAGCUGCGGCUGGCAUAUUCAUGAUAUUCUUGCUCGGAUCAUUUCUUUCUUGGCGUCAAGUAUCCUAUGCAUGCGCCGUUGUACCAAUUCUAAAUGUUUUGGUGGCGAUAUUUGUGCCCGAAUCACCAAUUUGGUUACUCUCCAAGAAUCGUUCAGGAAAAGCGCAGAAAUCGUUACAAGUACUUCGAGGAUGGGUUGCCGGUGAAAGUGUCUCACCCGAGCUUGACCAAUUGAAACGCAUUAGUGAAAUAUCGGCAACAUGUAGUGAUUGUGAGAAAUCCGGGAGCAAAUGUGAUCAUCCGCCACCCACACUGCUGAACAAAUUAAAAGAUACGACGAGAAAACGAACAUUGAAGCCUCUACUCUUAGUUACAAUUCUAUUUUUUGUGAUGCAGUUCAGUGGGAUGUUUGCAAUGAGACCGUACAUUGUUCCAAUAUUAAACGCCCAUGGCAUUGCUUUCGAUGCGAAUUUUACAACCAUCAUCCUUGGGGUUCUCGAAAUUUUGGCAAAUGUUUUCAUUGUUUUCACCAUUCGAAUUCUCGGCAAACGACAAAUCUACCUGUGGUCAAUGGUUGGGAACUUUGUUAGUUGUUUUGGACUAAGCAUCUAUGGAUGGAUAUUCUUUCCCGCUGGUUGGUCGUCAAUUGGUCUGGCUGCAGAAAGUUUGGAAUCAAUCCGAUAUAGCGUCGGACACUACAAUUACUUCGCUUUGGUCAUGUUUUUGAUCAUGCAAUUCUGUAUUUCGGUGGGCGUCUCAUCCAUACCGUUCAUCAUGAUGUGUGAAGUAUUCCCUUUCAAGUGA